AUGUACUUUGAUAGAGCUUCGCAUAGAGAAGGGGCAGGUGCUGGAGUUGUCUUCAUCACUCCGGAAAGCAAGGUGUUGCCAUAUUCAUUCACCUUGACCGAGCAAUGUUCAAACAACGUUGCUGAGUAUCAAGCAUUGAUACUUGGGCUCGAAAUAGCGGCUGAUAUGAAGCAACUAAGAAUUAACAUUUAUGGAGAUUCAAAGUUGAUCAAAAACCAAGUGUUGGGUCUAUAUGAAGUGAAAAAGGCGGAGUUAGUCCCAUAUAACAACUAUGCAAAGGUACUUAUGCAAUGGUUAGGGGACGUCACAAUGGAACAUGUACCGAGGAAAGAAAACAAGCAGGUUGACGCCUUAGCCGCAUUGGCUUCAACUAUUACUCAUCCCGCAGCCCGAGUGCGGGUAUGUCAAAAGUGGGUAGUUCCACCAAUCUUCAAUGAAGAUGGCUCAGUUGAUGAAACUGUUGAACUCCCUACUGCUUCAGUGUAUGAUAUUGGCAAAGACGACUGGAGGCAAUCGCUAAUGGACUACCUCGCUGAUGGAAAGUUACCCGAAGAUUCAUGUAAGAGGGUGGAUAUAAAGCGUCGAGCUCCUCGCUUCAUCUACUAUAAAGAGACGUUGUAUCGUCGUUCAUUCGAGGGAGUCUUUCUCCGAUGUUUAGGGGAAGAGGAAGCUUUACAAGCUAUGCAAGAAGCUCAUUCUGGGGUUUGCGGUGCACAUCAAUCCGGUCCCAAGUUGCACUUCCACAUUAAACGAAUGAGAUAUUAUUGGCCUAGAAUGGUAAAGGAUUGCAUAGACUAUGCUCGAAGGUGUCAAGCUUGUCAAUCUCAUGCAAACUUUAUUCAUCAGCCACCAGAACCUCUACACCCAACGGUUGCAUCUUGGCCAUUUGAUGCUUGGGGACUUGAUGUGGUUGGCCCAAUUACGCCUAAGUUAUCUGCAGGGCACACAUAUAUACUAGUUGCCACCGACUACUUUUCAAAAUGGGCUGAAGCCGUGGCAUUGAAGGAGAACCACAUACCGCACACCUACUCAAAGCACUCCAUAUUCUUUGGUGUUGGUGUGGAAGCGGUCUUGCCUCUAGAGCGCCAAAUACCUUCCUUAAGGUUGGAUAUACAAGAGGGGCUUACUGAUGAUGAAAAUGCUAAGUUACGCUUGGCUGAGUUGGAAACCUUGGAUGAAAAACGUCUGCAAGCGCAACAAAGCUUGGAGUGCUAUCAAGCUCGCAUUUCUAGAGCUUUUAACAAAAGGGUUAGGACCUGUUCCUUUCAAAUCGGGGACAAGGUCCUAGCUGUUCGCAGGCCCAUCAUUAUCACGAGAAAAACCGGCCACAAGUUCACUUCAAGGUGGGAUGGUCCCUACGUGAUUUUAGAAGUUUACACCGGCGGGGCUUAUAAGCUAAUUAGUGAAGAUGGUUUGAAGAUCGGUCCGAUUAAUGGAAGGUUCCUAAAGCUUUACCACCCUUAA